AUGCGUACAAAUGCGGUGGAUUAAAUUUUGUAAACAGCGCACAUGUUAAUUUUUGAAAAAUUUAAUGAUUGUAGAUGGCUCCAACUGCAACUAAUUUAUGCACAAUUUUAAGUGGCCAAGUUUGCGCUACUCAUAAUAUAUCUAAUUAACUGUUAAAUUGGUACAAUUGAUGCUUCAGGCUUAGGUUCUGCUUUAGCAAAGUGUGUUAAUCUCUCAAAUUUGGAUCUUGAUCUUUUCUGGAAUCGAAUUGAUAAUGAAGGAGUAUUAGGCUUAUGUUCUAAUUUGGCAAAGUGUACUAAUCUCACAAAUUUAACACUUAAUCUAGGUAAAAAUGAAAUUGAUGAUUAUGGUGUACCAGGUUUAGGCUCUGCUUUAGCAAAGAUAACUAAUCUCUCAAAUUUAUCACUUCACCUUUGUAUGAAUAAAAUUGGUACCACUGGUGCCUCGUGCUUAGGUUCUAAUUUAGCAAAGUGUACUAAUCUCUUAAAUUUGACACUUAAUCUAGGUUGGAAUAAAAUCGAUAAUGUAGGUGUUUUAGGCUUAGGUUCUACUUUGGAUUGCACAAAUCUCUUAAAUUUGACACUUAUUCUUGAUUACAAUAAUAUUGGCCCAAAUGGAUUAUCAAGCUUAAGUUCUACUUUAGCAAACUUCAGUAAUCUCUAAAAUUUUACACUUAUCCUUGAUAACAAUUAAAUUGGUGAUGCUGGUGCAUUAGCCUUACAUUCUGCUUUAGCAUACUCCACUAAUCUUUAAAAUUUGGCACUUAAUCUUGAUCAAAAUGAAAUUGGUUCAAUAGGUGCAUAGGCCUUAUGUUCUGCUUUAGCAAAAUGCGUUAAUAUCUCAAAUUUGAAGCUUGGCCUUAAGUAUAAUUAAAUUGGUGCAAUAGGUUAAAGUUUAGGUUAUGCUUUAGAAUAGUGCUCUAAUCUCUCAUAUUUGACACUUAAUAUUGGGUAAAAAGAGUUUAUAUGUUUUUGA